GCCACAGAAGCCGCUCCCCUCCCUAUCUCUCCAACAUCUGCAGCACCGGGAACUUUGCUCUGAUCGUGGAUCCGUUACUUGUUGAUUUUCGCGUUGAGGACUGCGGCUGUGAAAAGACUCAUGUGGAUUUUCAAAACUGAAAUGCAGCUCUGCAUAACCUACGGCUGGUUUCUUCUGACCCAAAGGCAUUUACAACUAAAAGUUAUGAUGUGAAUGUUCAGCUUUAUAUUUUUCAAUGAUUAAAACCGGCUCGACUAUGAUGUUGGACCGAGCGGAACCAGCACACUGCACCGUGUGCUGCUGUACUCUGGCCAACAAAAUCCUCAUGGUGCUCUUCAUGGUGCUGCUGAUAUUCGCCACCUUGUUUGGGAACUUAGUGACUCUGGCUGUGGUGGUGGGGACCAAGCACUUCCACACAUCGCAGGGCUACCUCAAGGCGUCCCUCGCUGUUGCUGAUUUGGCCGUGGGAAUAUUUGUGGUGCCUCUGUCCGUCUACGCUGAGGUCCAUCUCAUGGUGGCUGAGUCUGCACCAGAAUGGACUUCACACAACUCGCAAUUAGUGAACUUUCACCCAUGCAACAUCAUCGGCCCAAUCUUUGCAGGGUGCACCUUCGUCUCCAUCACCACUAUCUUUCUGUUGACAAUUGAGCGGAGCAUCGCAGUGCUUAGACCACUGCACAAGUACUCCUUCAUUACCCGUAAAAGGACGACAAUCCUCAUCUUCCUGUCCUGGGUGGGGAGUUUCCUCCUGGCUGUGUCUCCAAUGGUCUUCAGCAGUGAGAUUGCCCUGGAGUAUAACUCCUGCAGCAGGAUGUGUAACUACGCUUUGGGAACCAUCGGUGAGUUCCCCAGCCAGGCCUGGAACAUCCUCCUCCUCUUUCCUGCAUUUGACUUCACACUUCUCGGUAGCACUGUUGUCAUCAACAUAAUUUCUCUGUCCAGCAUCAGGCAGCACUCAAAGCACAGAAAAACCCUGGCAGAGACGGAAAUCCAAACCACCAGUAAUCCCACAUUCUCGGACAUUAAAGCAGCGAAGACCAUCGGGACUCUGACAGUGGCAUUCACGGCAUCAUUUACCCCCAUUGCCGUCUUUGUGGUUGGGAACGUUUUGGGAAAUAAAUGGUGCAACUUCUCCUUUUUUGCUUUCUGGAUUUUGGCGACAAACAGUUGCUGGAAUGUCAUUAUUUAUAGUGUGAGGGACCAAAAGUUCAGACUUUGUGCACAUAAACUUCUCAUGCCUUCCCAGAGACAAAACACAACAAAAACCUAACACGUUAAUGAGGAGUUUGAUCAGGUUGGUGUCUCUUAGAUGUUUAUGUGUCACACAAACCAUCACCUUACAAGCUCUGUUCAGAGACAUACUGUAUCUGCAUGUCUUGUGGGCAGCUGUGGUGAAUUGGCUUAAAAUUAUUUAUUUUUUACGUAAAUAAGGCAUGGCGUGUUUUGGAUCACAUGCCCUGGAUGUAAAUAUUCUUCUCAGUGGGUGUUCAUCAUGUUGUGUGUAAUGUUAAAUAGCUGGGGCCUGUCUCAGUUCGUGAACUGGUUGUUGACAUGAGUAUAAUUGAUUAAAGACUGAUUAAAACAG